UCUCCGCUUAAAAAGAAACUGGGCGAGAUGUGAGCCUUCAGCCUGUGACAGCGCAGCGGUGGAGUAAUCAGUGAGUGAGUCGGUGGGGGAGCUGGAAGGUUGCAGUUGGUGCGCGAGCCGCCCGAGCGACAGACAGGACAGGACAAGAGACAGCGCGGCGCGGCGAAUGGCGGCGGAUGGGGGGAAGCCGAGGGUGGUGGUGGUGGGCGGCGGCAUCGGCGGCGCGCUCCUCGCUAAGACCCUGCAGCCCGACGCCGACGUCGUCCUCCUCGAUCCGAAGGAUUACCUGGAGAUCAACUGGGCUGAACUGAGGUCAAUGGUUGAACCAUCUUUUGCUGAGAGAUCGUUAAUCUAUCACACAGAUUACCUCACCACCGCAACCAUUGUAACAUCUACUGCAGUCAAUAUCACCGAGCAUGCUGUUCUGACUGCUGAUGGUCAAUCUCUUGCAUACGAUUUUCUCGUUGUCGCAACUGGUCAUGUGAUGACUUCUUCUGGAAACAGAACGGGAAGGCUUACAGAAUUCCAAAGUGAUAACGAGAAGAUAAAAUCGUCCGAGUCAGUGUUGAUAAUUGGAGGUGGUCCAACUGGUGUUGAACUUGCUGCAGAGAUUGCAGUAGACUAUCCAGAGAAGAAAGUGACCCUUGUACACAGAGGAUCAAGGUUACUUGAAUUCAUUGACAAGAAGGCUUCAAAGAAGUGUCUUGAUUGGCUGACUUCGAAAAAAGUAGAUGUGCUUUUCCAGCAAUCAGUCGACUUAGGUUCACUAUCCAACACAGAGAAGUUCUACAAGACAUCCAGUGGAGAAACAAUAACAGCUGAUUGCCACUUUGUGUGUAUUGGUAAGCCACUGAGUUCAUCAUGGCUACAUGAUACCAUCCUGAAGGAAUCUUUGGACAACAAGGGAAGAAUAAUGGUGGAAAAGGAUCUAAGGGUGAAGGGUUAUAAUAACAUUUUUGCAAUUGGUGACAUCACGGAUAUUCCUGAAAUCAAGCAAGGGUAUCUCGCCCAGAAGCAUGCGCUGCUGGUAGCGAAGAACCUGAAGCUACUGAUGAAGGGCCCGCCGGCCAGCAAGCUGGCGACCUACAGCACCGGCUACCCGCUGGCGCUCGUCUCUCUGGGAAGGAACGAAGGGCUGGCCCAGCUGCCGUUCGUGACGCUCACCGGGUGCAUACCGGGCAUGAUCAAGUCCCGGGACCUGUUCGUCAGCAAGACAAGGAAGCAGAUGGGUCUGAACGCUUGAGCUGUGGCUAGGGGCCGCAAGGAACCAUCAACCGUGGGGUGUUCCCCUACUGAACUUCAGACAAGGGAAAUAAACUCCUUGCUGCCCAUAUGUGUCAUCUUGUCAUGUAGCGAUUGUAUGGUGUGUUGUGAAUGGUGUAUCCGUUGCAAGACGUUCUGAAUGGUCCCAGACAGGAUGUAAGUAACACAACGGUGCUUUCUCUGAAAGUAAAAGGGAAAGAGCUUGAGCCCUGCCCUGGCAAGCAUGGCAUGGAUGCUGUUGCCUUGAGGAGGGGAACAAUUUGGUGGUUUCUUUCCCUGA